AUUACUGUUGAACAUAUGUGAUAAGUAGAGCCAAAUUUAAUUCCACGAGCUGUAACCGUGUCGAUAUAUUGACACGCAACAUGCAGGACUUGCUCGUUAAUACAUUGAUCCGUAGCAUUCUGAUAUUUGUUCCGCAGGUCAGUUGCGUUGCGGGCAUUGCCACUGGUUAUUUACGGAAAGCUACCAAGGCCGCAAGAAUCUAUGGGGUUCCAACCAGUAACACAUUGUAUUUUCGAUUUGGAUGGACUUCUACUUGAUACUGAAUCAACAUAUUUGAAAUUAUAUACGGCUAUUGCCGCGAAAUAUAAUAAGGAAUACCCAUGGUCUGUUCGCAUGAAACUAAUGGGUACGUUGGAAAGAGAUUCGGCAAAAAUUAUGGUUGAAGAUCUUGGUUUGCCCAUAACAGUGGAUGAAUUUUUGUCACAACAAAAUGCUGGUCUUCAGAAUGUUCUUCCAGAAGUCGACCUUCUGCCAGGAGCUGAGAGGCUUAUACGUCAUCUGCAUAAAUCCAAAAUACCAAUUGCUGUUGCAACAAGCAGUGGAGAAGAUAGUUACAAUCUUAAAAUAACUCGUCACAAAUCAAUUAUGAGCAUGUUCCAUCACAUAGUGUGUGGGAGUUCAGACACAGAAGUUAAAAAAGGAAAGCCAGCGCCAGACAUAUAUCUUAUCUGUGCUUCAAGAUUUGCUGAGAAACCAAAGCCGCAAAAGUGCCUCGUUUUUGAAGAUUCACCAAAUGGAGUGAAAGCUGCACGUGCUGCUGGAAUGCAGGUUGUAAUGGUUCCAGAUGAACGAGCUACUGAUAAUGAGACGAAGGAAGCUACAAUUGUUCUUCGAAGCUUAGAAGAUUUUAAACCAGAACUGUUUGGUAUUGCUCCAUUUUAAAAUACAUGGUAAAUUAGUCUCCUGAGACUACGCGAUAUGGUGCUUUUAUGCAGUUGUAAUUUUGGAAUUUAUAAAAAUAAUUAUACUAAAUGGAGAGUUGUAGCUCUAGCUCUAAAUAAAAUUCUGCUGCUAAAGUU